AGUCCAGCGAUGAGGAGAUAACACCUGAAGGAAAGAAAGGGAAGACUCCCUUUGGAUUGUACCUCCACAGCGACAGAGAUGGCCUCUUUUCAGCCACGAGUCAUCAAACUUACCAAGAGUGAAGGCCAGACCUUCGGCUUCUUCCUGCGUGUGGAGUACGAAAAGGAAGGGCAUCUCAUCCGCAACAUUGAAAAGGGAGGUCCCGCUGAACAGGCAGGACUGAAAGAUGGGGACCGAGUCCUGAGAGUCAAUGGGACCUUUGUGGAUGAUAUGGAACACUCAAGGGUAGUGGAGUUAAUUAAAGAAAGUGGGCUAUGUGUCACAUUUCAUGUCCUGGAUGAGGUCUCCUAUGACAAUGCAAAAAUCAGCAAUAUAAGCCUGUCUGAGACAGAGCUGUCCAAGCCAUCAAAACCUCCAAUGAUGAAUGGGGUGGCAGCGUCAUCUCUGAAACCCAAACUGUGCUUUCUGGUGAAGACAAAUGAUGGUUUUGGAUUUUCCUUGAAAUCUACUAAAGGGUAUCAAGGGAUGUUCAUGACAGAUGUGAAUCCUUCCGGAGCUGCAGAAAAAGCUGGCAUCAAAAACAAUGAUCGUCUCAUCGAACUUAAUGGUGAAAAUAUAGAGAGCUGCACUCAUGAUCAGAUUGCUACCAAGGUGAAGGACUCUGGCAACACUGUCAUGUUCUUGCUUGUGGAUGAAGAGACAGACAGAUAUUAUAAAAACAACAAGAAACUGAAGCUGGGAGCAAGUCUGGCAACUGUAAAACAUCUUCCACAUAAACCACGUAUCACUGAACUGACCCCAGGUCCUGACGGCUAUGGUUAUUACCUAAGGACUGGGAAAAAUCAAUCAGGCCACUUUAUUAAAGAUAUAGAUCCAGGAAGCCCAGCAGAAAAAGGCGGUCUGAAAGAACUGGAUCGAUUGGUGGCUGUAAAUGGAGAACCUGUAGGUUCCUUAGAGCACGAAGAAGUAGUGGAGAAGAUAAGACUUUGUGGAAUGAAGUGUACUAUGAUGGUUAUGGAUGAAGAAACACACAGAAUGUAUAUUAUGGGAGGGGUUUCUCCUAUGCAGUACUGGGAGGAAGUAAAGGAUUCCUACAGUUAUGCUCCAGCACCUGUCCCAGCCAUUCCCCAACAGGCAGAGGAGUCAGCAUCUGUACCAGCCAUUCCUGUGGAGAAUCCCACACCAGAAGCACCUUUAGCCAUUCAAGAGCGGGAAGACUACAAACCUAAACUCUGCAAACUGGAGAAGAGCCCUACUGGGUUUGGUUUCCACUUAAAUGCAAUCCGAGGAGUACCAGGACAGUUCUUCAAGGAGGUGGUGGAGGGAGGGCCUGCCGACAGAGCUGGCCUGAAGGAUGAUGAUGUUUUGAUUGAGGUGAAUGGAGUGAAUAUUGAGAACAGUAACCACAAUGAGGUGGUGGAGAUGAUCAGGAAUAGUGGCAACAAUCUGGAAGUGCUAGUGGCUGAGAAAGAAGCAUACGACUACUUCAGAGCCAAACAGAUUCCCAUCACUACUCUCCUGCUGGGGAUAUCAAUGAUAGAGGCAGCUCAUGACCAGCCUAAGCCAGAAGAGUCCCAAGAAGAAGAAAAAGAAAGGGAAGAUGAAACGUGUAAAAGGCCAGAUACUCCACCCAGUCAGGCAGAGACCAGAGAUCGGUCCUGCUCAUCUUCGUCAUCGUCAUCAUCUAGUGAAGAUGAAAAGUUUUGAAGACGACAGAUUUCUGCUGUUUCAGAUUUGGCUGUUUAGAAGUGGGAUUUCAUCAGUUUUGAACAGCAUUCUGGAUGUCAAUAGAACAUUAUGCAAACAAAGUUAAUAAUUUUUAAAAUUAUUGUAUAGUAAAGAGCAGAGCUCAGAAAUAAUAAUAAAAAAGGCAUCCAUAAUAUAUAACUCGUAAUGUUUAGUAUUUUAUUUUGAUAUCAUUAGUGGUAAUAUUUUAAAAAUACUCCAGAUAUCUGUGUUGCCAUAUACUGUAAUUUUUAGAUUACAGCCCAAGAGCUCCACUGAAAUGUUUUCCAUAUUUCAGGUUCAGUAUUUUCUCACCUGUAUCUGCAUAUACUGGACACACCAAUAAAGUCAACCUACAUGUAAAGAAGACAGUAAACACAGAACACAGACCCCCCUCCCCCCAGAAAAAAAAAAGAUUAUACAUCAAGCACAUUUCAACACUUACUUAAAAUAUAUUAGUUCAGUAGUCUGGUUAAAUUCUAAUCAAGAGAUAGAGAUCUCCUUCUGAAGAAAAAAUAGUGUUGAGUAUUAGAGACCUGUUCUGACUUAAUGCCAAAACAUUGUUAGGCCCUUAUACUGUACCUCUCUAUGUCACUAUAUCCAAACAAACACAAAUUAAAUACUUUGGGAAGAUUUCUACAUGACUCACCCAACAAUUGGAAGAUGAUUUGGUAGCAGAAUAGAGCAUAACUGUGCAAUCCUAUAAAACUUUCCUUGCAACUUACAUCUUCUUACGUCUACUUAUGUAAGUCUUUGCAAUAACUGUAGUGACUAGAAUUUUAUUGCCUUAGCGUUUUCCAGAGAGAAAUGAUUGAAGACAAUGUCCAUUCCAUAUGAAAUGUUUAAUUGUGCAUGGUACACAGAAUGCAUGGUAUCUAGAUGAUUUCAGUGUAAUGUAAAUUUUUUGGUUAAUUUGAAAUUUGCUAUUUUCAGUUCUAAAUUACACACCAUGCAUAUAACAGCAAA